UCGGCUCCUCACUCGGACGGGAGCCCGAGCCUCAGGGGGGUGAGGGGAGAGCUGGGAGCGAGAAGGGGCGGAGCGGAUGGUGGGCGCGGCAGCUGCGGGAUGCUAACGCGACCAGACACCCAUCCUCUCCGCUCUCCCUCUCUGGAGAGGAUGAUUUGGGAGAGAGACAGAAAUGAGUGGAAUGCUAUCUUAAACAAGCCAAAAAUCUGUUAUAACCUUUAUUAAAUACUACUUCAAUGAAGAAAGAUUAAAAAAACCCUACAAAAUUCCAACUGAUAAUUACCCCAUUCAGACGUUGGUGAAUAUGUCCCUCAGUCCAAGUCGACCUUCCUCAUCAGAGGUGAAGGCAAAGCAAGAAUCAGAACUGAAACUCAAAUCAUUUGCUCCUCCAUAUGCUCUUCAAUCAGAAUUAUAUUUGCUUCCUAUAAUGUAUCAUUUAGGAAAUAUUUAUUCAGCAUCAUCAGCAGUUUCUUUAGAUGUGCAGCAGACUAAUAAUGGUGUUGCUGAGGCUGACGGAAUAAUACACAGACCACUUAGUGUAACUUUGUCAAAGGAAGAACCUGGAACAGAUCCCAGUUGUUUAGAAAACACUUUGAAAAAGCUUCUUAACAAGAAUCAGGAAGAAGCUGGGGGAAAAGCCACUCCAAAUGAAAAUCAGAAUGGAAAUAAUCAAAUUGGAAAUUCUGAAUUGCCAGGAUCACAGGAAGAUUCAGAUAAUGAUUAUUUUAGCGGCAAAAAGAGUCAGUUUCUUUGGAAAAAUGAAGAUGAUAGAACUAAUAUCUUUAGAAGAGAGGACAAUCAGCUAGGUAAAAAAGAGUGCAUCAGCCUACCAGAUUUUCCUUCAGUUCCUUGUCAACCUGCUCUUUCUCCAGGAAUAACUGAUAUAUCAUUAUUACAGAUUGAGAGAGAGAAUAUUAUCGAAAGAAAUGAAACAAGUAAAGGAAGAAAGAAGAUAUCUGGAAAGAAUUAAAGAAGAACUAAUAAAAAAAAGUUGAAAGGCUAUUGGAACAAGGCAAAUUAAAGCAAUAUCAUGCCUAUGAUGUUUGGAAGAAAAAGUACUUUGAAACAAAGAAAGUUACAGCAUCAUUGGAGGAGAUUUUAACAAAACUUCGAGAAGAUUUGGAACUUUACUAUAAAAAAUUGCUCAUUCAGCUUGAAGCCAGGGUGAUCAAGAU